AUGUCCAAGUCACCUUCGGAGUGUGAUGCUGACAUUGACUGUGUGGGAAAUUAUGAACUGGGUAAGACCCUGGGCGAGGGAAACUUCUGCACCGUGAAGGAAGCACUUCACGUUGCCAGCGGAAACAAAGUGGCCAUCAAAAUUAUCGACAAAGAAAAAGUUGUCAAUAAUAAGGAUGUGGUAGCCAUGGACACGUGGUAUAAGCAUGAAUACCAUGCAGUCUUACCAGAUAUAUUAUAUGAUGUUCACCGUUUUGCAGAUAGAACGAAACCUAUCAAAAAUGGAAAUGAUUAG